CAGCUGAUGCUGGACAAAAGGGCGACCGUGCCUUCCGUGACGCGCGGCCGCCCCAACGGUGUGGCCAACAGGUGAUGGAGGCUGUCGUGCUGGUCGUCUACGGCGGAGUUGUGGGGUCCUCGCAUUGAGGCUUAUCGCCAUAUUGGUGUGCAGCUCUUCUGAGAUGCCACUUAGCGCGUCGCGCCAUGGAAGAAACUAAGAUCAUCUAUCACAUCGACGACGAGGAGACCCCGUACCUCGUCAAGGUGCCCUUGCCGCCGGAGCGCGUGACGCUUGCGGACUUCAAGAAGGUCAUCAACAGGCCCAACUUCAAGUCUUCUUCAAGUCGAUGGACGAUGAUUUCGGAGUGGUUAAAGAAGAAAUUGUAGAAGAUGACUGCCGGUUGCCGUGUUUCAAUGGCCGUGUGGUGUCAUGGCUUGUAUCAGCAGAUGGAAGCAGCGUUGUGUCUGAAGGAACUGAGACACACCGGCAACGCCCAUUUCCUGAAACAGCGGAGACCAGCUUUACUGAGUCUGAGUCUGCCAUUAGCUCCCACAAAGAGCACCACCACCACCAUCAACGGGGACCUGGCCGUCAUCGAGAUAAAGCCGGUCGUUCCAAUGGACAUGCAGUAGCUAAGCCCCAGGGGCGCCUCGGUGCUAACUACCAGGUGACAUAGAGACCACAAGCUUCCUAGACUCCGAGGAUGAGACUACCAGCCGGAUUUCGACCACCACUGAGGAGAGCAGCGUGUCGCGCAUUUAUGCGAGGCAUCGGCGUAGGCGGCGGAAGAAGAUGCCUCCCAUGAGUCGGGUGAGAAGUC